AUGGAUCCUCCACCAUCUCGUGUCUCUAGAAGUAGAAGAAUAUUGAAAAUUGUAUAUGAUGAUCCUGAUGUCACAGAUUCUUCAUCUGAUGAAAGAAAUAAUAUUGUUGUGGAUAAAACAAUGAGGAAGAGAGUUGUGCUUGAAAUUGCAUUUCCUAAUGUUCCGAGUGAUCAAACCGUUGAUAAUGAAUUGAACAAGAACAAUAAUAGUUGUGAAACAACAAAACAUGAAGUGAAACAACCAUCUUGCAAACACAGAGGUGUUCGAAUGAGAAAAUGGGGUCGAUAUGCAGCAGAAAUCCGCAACCCGAUUAAUGGUGAACGUAUUUGGCUUGGAACUUUCGACAGCGCAGAAAAGGCUUCUAAAGCUUAUGAAGCUAAAAGAGACGAAUUCGAAGCUAUAUAUAAGAAGGAUUUUCCUAAAGGGAAGAAGAACAAGAGAUUCAAAAAGGUUUCUUUUGCUGAACCUUUGGUUGCUUCUUCGAAUGACUCCGAGAGAGACACCUCAAAUAUUCCUUUAUCUUCGCCUGAAUUUGUUAAGAAUGUUGAAGUCUCAAGCGAUGAAACUAAUUCUUUACAAAAAUCGGACAUAGUGCAACAACCGAAUGUUGUUGCGAAUGUUGAUGCUUCAUCGCAACUUGAAUCGGAUUGGUUAACAUUGGAUGAUUCAGAGUUGGACUUGGGUGCAAGUAAUAAAGAUCUUGGUUGCCUGGAUGACUUGAAUGAUAUUGAUAUUCCAUUUGAUUUUGAUUACUUUGGAACUCAAUUUGCGGUUUAUCAUGGGAUUCCUAGUUCGAUUGGAGAACCUCGCAAAAGAAGCUCGAUUAAAGAACUUCCCAAUAUACCAAAGCAAAUUAAAGAACCUCUCAAUAUACCCGGCCAAUAA